GGUUAAAUUAGCUGUGCUGCCAGAAGAGAGGAACACACACUGACCCACUUCCAGAUAAAAGCUUAACAGAGGAGAUGAAGCAGAACUACCAGGUUCCAGCUUUCCUCACCAAACUCUGGACUCUUGUAGACGAUUCCUGCACUAAUGAGCUGGUCUGCUGGAGUGAGGAGGGCUGCAGCUUCAUUGUGCUGGAUGAGCAGCGCUUCAGUAAAGAGGUCCUGCCACUAUACUACAAACACUGCAACAUGACCAGCUUCAUUCGCCAGCUCAACAUGUAUGGCUUCCACAAGGUUGUGCCGUUGGACUCGGGACUGCUGAAGGAGGACGGCCGCGGAGACAGCGUGGAGUUUCAGCAUGAGCAUUUCCGCAAAGAUCAACCACACCUGCUCACCCUCAUCCACAGAAAGGUAUCAGUAAGCCGUGGAGUGGACGAUGCUGGACAGAUCUCUCAGAUUCUGGUGGAGAUCAGCCAGGCGCGUGGUUGGCAGGACUCAUUUGACUUAAAGCUCAUGGCGCUCUGCAGGGAUAAUGAGAGUUUAUGGAGAGAGCUAAACUCCCUGCAGCAGAGGCACCAGCAGCAACACAGAAUCAUCUGCAAGAUAAUGCAGUUCAUCAUCAACACUGUGGGGUCGAAAGGAAUGAAGGGCUUAAAGAGGAAACUUCCAAUGAUUGAGAUUUCUGGGGAGACCCACUCUGCUCCAAAGUACAGCAGACCAUCUGAUUCAUCUGUGGAUUCAAACCUGCCCUCUUUCUCCAUGCCAGAGACUCCCUCUCCACAGGACAUUCCUCAGCUGGACUCGCUCUCUCCUGGCGUGUACUCUAAUGGCAUGGUUUUCUCUGACAUCACACACCUCCUCGAGCCUCUUCCUGAGCAGGACAGCGAUCCAGUGGUAGAGAACACCUGCCCGACCUCUCCUCUCUCCCCUGCCCUGUCCCCAGUAGAUCUGACUCUGUCUCUAUUGGACGAUCCUGCAGGCCAGGACAUGGCAGAGAAACUUGCGGAGAGGAAUGAGUUGGUGGACCCAUUGUCACUGAUUGAUUCAAGCCUGGCCGCUAUUCAGGCCUAUCCACUGUCCCCGAGCUUGGACACCCUCGAUGAGCUCUUUAGGCCCACUAGUGAAUCAGAUACACAUACACCGAAGAGGAAACGAGAAACGAAGCAAGGAGGAAAUACACACUCUUACAAAUAUACAGCAGGAAUAGUGAGGCCUGUGCUGCAGCAUGAGGACCUGAGUUUUGGGGGGGAUUCAGUAGAAGCUGAUAUUUUACCCUCGUUGCUGAGGCUGGCACAGGAAGCUUCCAUUCCUCUACACACGGACACACUCUCUGUAUAAAACCACACACACAGCAUUCUUCCUGAUCAGCUAAUCAAAGUAUGUACAAAAUAAUGAUGUUACUUGCAGUACGUAGCACAGAAUAUCUCUCACUUUAAAUUCAGUUUUUCACAUUUCCAGUUCAGCGCAUUUUACCUUACUUUUCUCCACAACCAUCUCACAAUAUAAAUAAAAAACUGCAACAGCGGUGUGCUUUAAAACGAAAUGUAAUGUAUAUGAAUGUAGAUUUGCAUAUAUUUGCAAACUGAAGUACAGAUAUAUUUUUGUAGGUUUUACAGACACUGUUAUAUUAUUUGUGGAAAAUGUCAUGAAUAUCAGGCUACACAAGUGGUUGAAGGCUUUGUUAAGGCUGCUUGCCAAUUAGCAUGAUGCUAACUUCUGCCUAUUCAGUUUUAAUUAUUAGCAACAUUAGCAUUACUGAGCAAGCUUUUUGUUUAAGAAAGUAACUAUAAACCAUCUUGAACAUGUUUAGUCAUAUUUACUGGCAUGAGGGGUGCAUGUGUGUGUCAUCUACACACACAUCUAUCUACACAGGAAAUCGCAUGCGCACACACACGCACACACACACGCACACACACACCACACGCAUACACACACAGUACAUAUCUGCAUAAUUUUUGUAGCAGUGUACAGUAACUUUUUUCAGUUUAUUUUACCUGUAAGAUUAAGGGUCAGUUUCCCUGACAGGGAUUAAGCCUAGUCUUAGACUACACAGCAUUUUUAUAGUUUAAAAUGAGGCGUAAUCCCUGUCCAGAAAAUCAUGUAUGAAUAUUGUACAAAAUAGAUCUUUAACUCUUAACCUGUACAAACUGUAUAAUAUCUCAACUAUCACUUUAUUCAUUGUGUGAAUAUAAUAAAUAGGUCAUGGGUAAAAAAAUAAAUAGAUUUUGACAUCA